AUGGCCACCCGUUGGAGGACAGAACCUAUCCCACCUCAUUUGCAUCAUCUGGAUCUGGAUCUGGACCACGAUAUCGAAAUCGACAUGGCGUCAACUGCGAGCCGCCGGCCCCAAAUAUUCGUCCAUUUCGAGUUUGGGGUCUCGUUCUCACCUAGACAUGCCCCCAACCAACACUCCGUUACCUACGUCUCAAGGGGUAUGCGCGAUCGUGCCCAACAUUUCCCUAGACAAGUACCACCGCCAACUACAAAUUACCUCAAUACGCCUACCUACCAAGCCUACCAGCCUACGCGAUCUUCACCCCCCGCACACCAGCAGAACCACCCUCAAAAUCCACCAAUGCCACCCCAUCUCGAACCGAGGAGACAGUCACGACAAGAGAGCCGCUCAUCAGGCUCGUCCCAUGAACGAGGCAGCUCAGCUCCUCCUCCCUGGAACGACAGCCCCUGGGACGCGGAACCAGACGCUCUGGGAAGCUCGGCUUUACCUCGCCAACGUCCACGAGCACCGACGACAAGCGCUCCUGACUACUGGAAGGCCCUCCCAGAAGUUCCCUCGCGGUUCCGACUCGGUGAGGAUGAGCUUCCUUGGUCCGCAUCUUCAUGGCCUGGAGAAUAUGGCAUGCCCGAUGAUUCAGAAGUUGACGACUACUCAUCCGAACUGUCCAUGAAGUUCCGCGAUGUGUCUUUGGCGAAUGUUACACCAGCCCCUCGUCCUCGGGACAGAGAAGACCCUGGGAGGAAAUACGAAUUGGAAGCCCUUUCCGCAGCCAUGAUGACGGUCGACAAUGGCUUCGAAGACCAAUGGUGGUACCAGGGGGAGAGACAGCAGACGGCACCCUUGGCGGACGACUUGCUCACAUCCUCUGCAUAUGCACCUGCUACCGCAACGGCAGAAGCCGUGCCACAAACACCAGUUCAGUUGAACCACAGGGAGUCGGCAGGCUGGGCUGUUUCUGAACACGAGGAUCCUCACAUGAGCUUGACCAGCGCCACCGUCUACAACCCAAGUGUUCUGGUUUCACCUAUGACGGAGUACGCAAGCCCCCGCCUACAUCGGUCUUUGACCACAAGAUCUGAAGAGCUCUUUCUGUUCAACUGA